AUGAAGGGUUUCGUUGGUGGUAUUCCUCUUGCCCUGCUUGUGGCUGCUGUGCAGGUGCAGGCAAUGGAGCCUGGCAUGGUAAGUGAGAUGGGCCAGAACAACUUCCAUCAACGCCGCACUGCUGGCCUUGAGCCCCAUUUCGGAGGCACUGCUAUGGGUGGACCCUCUGGCAACGAUGGUGAUGGUUCUUUCAAGACACCUUACGCCGCUGAUGUGAACACACAUUCCAACGUGAAUGAGUUCAGCAAGGACGACCACUCCGUCAACAUCAAGAACAAGGACAUCCACCCCCCUCCCCCACCUCCCCAUGGCUCUGCUUUUGGCCCAGGUGCCGGUCCCUUCGGACCUGCUUUGGGACCUGGAGCUGGUCCUUUCCCCAAGCGUCACUGGCCUUCCGGUGGUACAGCGGGUGGCGGUCCUUCUGGUAACGAUGAGGGCCAGAGCUUCAACAUGCCUAUCACUGGCAACUUCCACACUGAUGUCAACGAGUACAACAAGGACGACCACUCAAUUGCCAUCAAGAACAAGAACAUUCACCCACCUCCUAUCAUCGAGGCUCCUGUACACCCCCCUUUCGCUGGACCUCCCGGUGGUUUCCGUGAGAGCCAUGGUGCAUCUCCUGACCAUUUCCAUGUCCCUGCCACUGCUUUUACCAAGCGCUUCUCUCCCGGUGGGACUGCCAUGGGAGGUCCAGGUGGCGGUGGUCACUCUCACGGCUUCCCUGGUCCUGUCAUCAGCGGUGGUACGGCAAUGGGUGGUCCUUCUGGUGACGAUGAUGACGGAAACUUGAACUUUGGCAAGACGGCGAAUAUCCACAGCAGUGUGAACGAGCACAGCAAGGAUGACCACUCCGUUGAUAUUAAGCACAAGGACAUCUACCCCCCUCCUCCCCCAUUCGUUCACCCGCCAUUUGGUCACCCCUUCAAGCGUAGUUUACGCCCUCACGAGGGCGGCGGCACCGCAAUGGGUGGACCAUCCGGUGAUGAUGGCGGUCAGGAAUUCAACAUGCCCAUCACCAUCGAUACUGACACCGCGGUCAAUGAAUCGUACGAUGAUGACCACUCUGUCGAUCUGAAGCACACCGAUGUCUACCCACCUGCCCCCGUUGCUCCCUUCGGAGGUCCUGGUCCGGUCAUCCCCGAGGGCGAUGCUCCUUUCCGUCGUGCGUACUCCCCUGACUCUUCUGACCGCGAUGCCGAGAGCGACGGUGACGAUGAGGACCCACCUGUCAUUGCUGGCGGUACUGCUAUGGGUGGUCCUUCUGGUGAUGAUUCUGGCGGCGACUUCGAUGCCAGCACCAAUGUGGGUGUUGACAGCAACGUCAACGAAGACCACCAGGACAACCAUGCUAUCAAGCUCGACACCACAACCGUGCACCCUCCCGCAUGGCCUAUCCACGAAGUCCAUGAGGUCCCCGUCCAUGAGGUUCCAGUUGAGACUGCUCACGAAGAGGUCCCUCAGAUGCCUUGGAUGACCUACCAGGCCCAACAGCACGCUGCUGGAAACCCCAUCAUCGUUGCUGAGACCAACCACCAGGAGUCUGCUCCCGCUCCUCCCACUCACCGUGAUGAGCAGGAGGCGGCUCCCCACUGCUCCGCUGAGGUCCACGAGGUCGUCCGCACCGUGACCAAGACUCAGUACAAGCAGGUCCAGGCUACCGAGACUGUCUACAAGCAGGCCCCUGUUGUCUCUCAAGUUGUUCAGACCAGCGCCAUUCCCAUGUCUGCUGUCCCCAUGGAGUCCGGUGCUGCCCCCAAGAUCCUGUCGUCUGCUGUCUAUGGAUCCCAGGUUGCCUAUGCUUCCGCCCCAGCUUCUUCCUCAUACGCUCCUUACGAGAGCUACAACUACAAGUACCAGGCUCCUGCUAGCUCCUCUGCCGCAGCGUACUCCAUGAUCCCUGUUCACGUUCCCAUGGCCACCCCUUCAUCCAGCGCCAUGUACUCUAUGGCCACCCCAUCUGCCAGCCACGGCGUUAAUGUUCCCAGCGGUGUCUCCCCAGACCGUAGCAACAUGCCCGGCGCAUCCGCUUCUCCUUCCUCCAACAGCCCCAUGUUCACUGGUGCCGCCACCCGCGUCUCCGGUGGCUUGGUUUCCGCUGCCGCUGCCGUUGUUGGUGUUCUUGCCUUCGUCCUGUAA